GUUCCCAUAGCAACCGCGCGAGACCCACGCGCCUACGGUGGAUGGCUGGGCCAAAACAGGUCCGCGGAGUGCGCCGCCCAAACCCGGUCCGUGCGCGCGUGUUCUGGGCGCGGUGUCUUUAAGUGACACGUGACUGCCCCGGGACUGGGCCCCGCCUCUUUCCCCAGGUGCUCCGGUGUGGACUGGAAGCGCCGGCCCCGGCGGAUUCACUGGAGCACGGACGCUGCGGCCGGUUGGGCCGGUGCCCUUUCCCGCUCUGGGAAGGAAGAGAGAUGGAGGUGAAAAAGUUGAGCAUUUCCUGUCAAUUCUUGAUAGUUCUGGUUCUGAUCCUGCAAAGUCUGUCUGCGUUGGAUUUUGACCCAUACAGAGUCCUAGGGGUCAGCCGCACAGCCAGUCAGGCUGACAUUAAAAAGGCCUAUAAGAAGCUCGCUCGGGAAUGGCAUCCUGACAAAAACAAAGACCCCGGAGCAGAGGACAAGUUCAUUCAGAUCAGCAAAGCUUACGAGAUUCUGUCCAAUGAGGAAAAGAGGACAAACUAUGAUCAUUAUGGUGAUGCUGGUGAGAACCAAGGCUACCAGAAGCAACAGCGCGAGUAUCGCUUCCGCCAUUUCCAUGAGAACUUUUAUUUCGAUGAAUCGUUUUUUCACUUUCCUUUCAAUUCGGAGCGGCGGGACUCAAGUGAUGAGAAGUAUUUGUUGCACUUUUCACACUAUGUGAAUGAAGUGGUUCCCGACAGCUUCAAAAAGCCCUACCUCAUUAAGAUCACAUCAGAUUGGUGCUUUAGCUGCAUCCAUAUCGAGCCUGUCUGGAAAGAAGUGGUCCAGGAACUGGAAGGACUGGGUGUGGGGAUUGGUGUUGUCCAUGCUGGAUACGAAAGACGCCUGGCCCAUCACCUGGGAGCGCACAGUACCCCCUCCAUCCUAGGAAUCAUCAAUGGGAAGAUCUCCUUCUUCCACAAUGCAGUGGUUCCUGAGAACCUGUGGCAGUUCGUGGAGAGUCUUCUUCCAGGGAACUUGGUGGAGAAGGUUACAAAUAAAAACUACGUGCGAUUCCUAUCUGGCUGGCAGCAGGAGAAUAAGCCUCAUGCCCUCUUGUUCGGCCAGACGCCGGCAGUGCCCCUGCUGUACAAGCUGACGGCCUUUGCAUACAAAGAUUAUGUGUCGUUCGGGUAUGUGUACGUUGGCUUGAGAGGCACAGAGGAGAUGACCAGGCAGUACAACAUCAAUGUCUAUGUGCCCACCAUGCUGAUCUUUAAGGAACACAUCAACAAGCCUGCUGAUGUGAUCCAGGCUCGAGGGCUAAAGAAGCAGGUCAUCGAGGACUUCAUAGCCCAGAACAAGUACCUGAUGGCGGCCCGGCUCACCAGCCAGAGACUGUUCCAUGAACUCUGCCCUGUGAAGCGGUCUCACCGACAGAGGAAGUAUUGCGUGGUUUUACUGACAGCUGAGGCUAGCAAGCUGAGCAAACCCUUUGACGCCUUCCUGUCCUUUGCACUGGCAAACACCCAGGACACAGUGCGGUUCGUGCAUGUCUACAUCAACCGGCAGCAGGAGUUUGCCAGCACCUUGCUACCGGACAUUGAGGCCUUUGAAGGGAAGUCAGGGGUGUCCAUCUUGGAGAGGCGAAACACAGCAGGGAGGGUGGUGUUUAAAUCCCUGGAAGAUCCCUGGACUGGCAGUGAAAGUGAUAAGUUCAUCCUUUUGAGUUACCUUGAGCAGCUGCGGAAAGAUCCAGCAUUUCUGUCCUCAGAAGCUGUGCUCCCUGACCUCACUGAUGAACUUGCCCCGGUAUUUUUCCUCCGGUGGUUCUACUCUGUUUCUGACUCCCUCUCAGACUUCUGGGAGAGCUUGCUUCACAGUAACUGGAGGGAGAUGAUGCCCCUACUGUCCCUCAUCUUCUCAGCCCUCUUCAUCCUCUUUGGCACUGUCAUUGUCCAGGCUUUCAGUGACUCCAAUGAGGAACGAGAAUCACACCCUCCAGAUAAAGAAGAAGUCCCUGAGAAGGCUGGGAAGACUGAGCCAAGCUUCGCCAAGGAAAACAGCAGCAAGAUUCCUAAAAAAGGCUUUGUGGAGGUAACUGAACUCACAAAUGUGACAUAUACCAGCAACUUGGUACGCCUGAGGCCAGGCCACAUGAAUGUGGUCCUCAUCCUGUCUAAUUCCACCAAGACAAGCCUGCUGCAGAAAUUUGCUCUGGAAGUCUACACAUUCACCGGGAGCAGCAGCCUCCACUUCUCCUUCCUGAGUCUGGACAAACACCGGGAGUGGCUCGAGUACUUGCUGGAGUUUGCUCAGGACGCGGCCCCGAUCCCAAACCAGUACGACAAGCACUUUAUGGAACGGGACUACACCGGCUACGUGCUGGCCCUGAACGGCCACAAGAAGUACUUCUGCCUCUUCAAGCCCCAGAAGACAGUGGAGGAAGAGGCUGUGGGCUCCUGUGACCCUGACUUCUCCCGAGGGAAGCCUCCCCUAGGCCUCGGGCCCAAGCCCCUCAAGGGCAAGCUGAGCAAGUUGUCCUUGUGGAUGGAGCGCCUGCUGGAAGGUUCCUUGCAGAGGUUCUACAUCCCAUCGUGGCCUGAGCUAGACUGAGACAUGGACUCUUCAGGUUUUUAACGUGCCCCAGGAACAGGGAUUUUCAGAAGAGUCUAGAUUUUAGAUUUCUCUUCUAGAGCAAUGGCUAGAAGAUCUUUCCUUUGUCACCUAGGAGCAAAACACCGCAGGUUUGAUCCCUAGAUGAAAAUCUUUCCCUUUGGGUUUUCUCAUCCCUGUAUGAAUGCCUCACUAUUUAACAGAGACUGCUCACCCCCUCUUCUUUGCUGUCCCUGUAACAUGCUCACACCACUCUGUCCUUAUGUUGGAGAAACCCAGGGCUUGACCCUGAGCCGUGCCUGGACAAAUCUCAGGAUCCUCAUGAACCUGUCAUUCAGGGUGGGCCACUCACCCCACCCCCGCCCCCUGCAGCAGGCUCCUGGCCUGGCCUCUGGGAGCUUCUGCCACGGCACAUGCUCUCAACACAGGACAGCCCAUCAAGCUUCUAGGUCCUGCAUCUUCAAAAGAGGCCUAGUUCUUUGCAAUUUUACAUGUGACCAUGCUUCUGGGAGCAAGCAUUAAGACAUUUUGGGGGUAUCCCCCACAACAGUUGGCCAGCCACAGAUUUGAAAGAAAAGGGGUGAGCAGAGGUGAGGGUGCAGCGUUGACAUGCGGUCUUCCCCAGCAGAAGGAAAGGUUGAGCACUGACUGGAGUUGCCCAGCCCUGUGAUCCUUCGUGAGCACCCCUUGGUUGCUAUCCCUGUCCCCUCAUUACAGUCCAUUUAAGCACCACCACAGCCAGGGCAGUGUGCCCAGCCAGAAGCACUGCAGUGUCUGAGCCGCUGACCUGUUUCCAGAUGCUUUUCUGCCUCUGGAUUUAGAGUUUGAUACUAGGAGCCAUAACCUGUGAUCCUGUUCUGAGUGUAGAUAAGCUGCUAUAGAGCCAGUAGAUGUAAGAUGGCAGCACUUACUCUGUCUGCCAAGAGCCAGGUGCAGGAGCCUUUCCUGCGUCGCUCGCAAGUAAAAUGCCAGGCGUGUCUUCAAACCAAGAAACCUGACCUCUCUGACAAUUGCAUUUUGAACAUUGUUAUCCCCAAAGUGCUGAAUCUUCAAGUCGUCUCUUGUGACUGAGCUGAGACUUGUCUGGAUUCCUGUGCAGCAGGCAAUAGCUUCUUUCUUCUGGCCUGCAUUUUAGCGUCUCUGCUUAAUUGUUUCCUCCUUCCCUUAUUGCUGCUUCCUGCUGCCAGAUCAGACCCAUCAGCUCCAGCUUGCCUGGCUCCACACCCCUCGGGCUCAGGGCUGGAUCAUGCUUGCCCACUUCGGGGCAUACCCUUUGUUUUUAGGGCCAAACCUCGAGGGGAGUUUGGACAACUGUCACGCGCGGUGUGUUCUACUGUCAAGCAAGUGCCCUCUUGUAAAGUGAAGGGCACAAAUCAGGGACCGGACAUUCACUCAGUUAGUAUUCUCCAAUUGUAAUUGCUUUGAACCAAGUACCUCGGAUCCUGACUACUUUAAACUUGGAGCUCCAGUGGUAAGUGAUAAAUUAUUUGAGCCCAGGAACUCUGUAGUUUUCAUAGAGUCUUUAGCUUUAUUAAAAAAAAAAAUAAAUCACUGCCAGGCUUCAUUCUUCCAUCUGACCCUCUAGAAGAACCACUAACUCUCCGUGCUGCUGCUCGUGCACCUGGCCCAGCUAGCAAGGGUCAAGGCAGCCUUGGCUCCUCAGUGCCCAGUCCUCAACAUGCAUUUCUGGAGCUGAGGGUGAGCUGGGGUAGAACACUUGCCCAGCAUGUGCGAAGCCUGAGUUCCAUCCCUGUUAUCAUACAUACACAUGUAUUUUUUCCUUAUAUUUUUAUGGCCGGGCUCCUCUUAUGAGUAUGUUUUAACUCACUGAUAGAUUUUUGUCUUUACAUAUCUGGAACUCAUAAAAUUCCUUGACAUGUAAUUUCUGAAAACCAAAAACUCCCCAGAUGUUUGUUCUUUUCUCAAAACUGUACCAAGAAGAUCAGGGCCCUUCAUUAGGAGUGGCGGAGGGAGUGGUGGAGGGAUUGACACGGCUCCUGGAAGGGCUGAUGGGGAUGAAGGCGGGUAUCCACCAAGGAUACCAGGGAACUUUGGCCUCCUUGCUUACUUGCUUUGAGAACAGGGUCUCACUACGUAGCCUAGCCCAGGAUGGCCUCCAGCUGAAGGUCCUCCUGCCUCAGCCUCCCAAGUACUAGGAUUACAGGGGUGUACCCCACGUCUACCUUUGAUAGUCACAGCCUUUCUUCCUGAAUAUUGUUUCCAUGAGUUGUUUAUUUUCUGUGUCAAAGAUGAGCUAUUUCUGUGCUCAGCCAGAUGCCAAGGUUUCCCAUCCUAAUGAACGUAAUCUCACAGGACCCGAUUUCAGUUCAGAUACUGCCCUGUGAGGAGAGGGGUUGGUGUCUGCUCAAGGCAGCCUCUGAGUCAUUUUCAGGAGCUGAGGUGAAAGUAGUCUGUCUGGGGUGCUCUCUUCCUGCCACUCAGGACCAACUGCAGAGGUGAUGGGCUGCCAGAGACAUUGCAGGAAGCUGCUCUCCCUGUCACCUGCCAGCACCCAAAACAAUUUGCUUGUUUUCAGGUGGGUUAGUCUCCUCAUUCACAGCCUUUUAUGUAAUUCAUUUGCAGCCACCAUCAAUGUGUGUUUUCCUGUGUUUUAAAAAAAAAAAAAAAAUAGAUCUGACCCAUCUGCUUUGCCUGGGCUAGGGACUGGAAGCAAGCACUCAGCCUCUGUCUCUGGUUUUGUUUUGUUUCAAAGCAGAACUCCUUCUGGGGCUGUAGUUCAGUGGUAAAGCAUUUGCCUAGCAUGUGCGAGGCCCUUGGGUUGACCCCCAGUGAUGGCGGGGGGGGGGGGGGCAAAUUAGGUAGAAUCUGUCAAAUGUUGUUGCAAGGGGCGUGUAGCACAAGUGAGGCCCUGUGUUCUUCGACCCUAGCACCACAAAAUAAGCAAGUAAAUAGUUGAAGUAGAGGAUGCAGAUGAAAUACAGUUCAUGUCCACGAUUCUGGCCUCACCCUGGAAAACAAAGGCAGCGUAGCCAUACUGAAUCUGCCUGUUAUGUGUUAGAGAACAUGGCUGCCCCCGGAAGACAGAUCUGAGAGGAAGGUGAAUAUUUUGCACUUUUGAUACUAUUAAGAACAAGUAACUUAUUUGACAAAUUGUGUCUUUUAUGUUUUAUGUUUUUACUUUUCAGUUUUAUUUGGUUUGGGGUUUUUUGUUUUAUUUUUGUAUUGUGAACAGGCACUAAAAUUAAUGUUUUGUUUUAAAAAUAUUAUGGACUGGAAACAAAUAAACUAUUUUAAUGUGUGAUG